CGCCCCGGAGCAGCCGCUGUAGCUGAAGCAGGACGCUUGGUCCGGAAGCGGAGAGACGUCAGGCCCAGGCGUGGAAGCGGCCGGGCGCUCCCCGGCGCGGCGGGGGUGCGGGCUGGAGAUGGGCAGCGAGCUGCUCACGCUGGACUGCCUCGUCCACGUCUUCUCCUACCUGGAGGCACCGGAUCUGCUCCGCGCCGCGCGGGUGAACCAGGCAUGGAACGAAGCCGCAGGCACAACUUCCCUAUGGAGAAGGAUGUGCCUAGAUCGUUGGACCUUUUGCAAUAUUUCCAACCUGACUCCCGGUAUGCAGACAUGGAAACAGUACUAUCUCCACCGCUCCAAACUUGAGCAUGAAAUGGCAUCAGGCCGGCCAUCAGCUGAUUAUAUAUGUAGGUCCAUGAGGGGGCAUAAAGGUAAAAUAGUUGGUCUGGCUUAUCUCUCAGACAACGAGCACGUGUUUGGCGCUGGAAAGCUGAGGUCUGUGGUUUGCACUGCAUCUACUGAUGGCACUAUCCGAGCAUGGCAGGUCCAAGAGGGUACACAGAUAUGGUCAAGUCCCUCCCAGGAAGUGCCAUUUGUAAAGGUUAUUACUGUCCCACAGUACAAACUAGCAAUCAGCACAGACGCCUUUGGAACCAUUAAAGUCUGGCAUGGAGAAACCGGGGAAGAGCUUGCUGCAUUCUCUACAUCGUCAUCCUCGUCCAGUCUGGUUACCUACUCAGUGAACAAUAAGCCCUUCCUAACUGUGGCUACUGCAGGAGGUGCUAUCUAUACGUUAGAAGUUCCUAAUCUAAAUCAGGUUUCAUGUAUUGCAGCAUUUCAAAACUCUAGCAUUGAUUUAUUACUUUGUUCACCGGACAAGCAAUGUCUAGUUGCUGGAUCUACUGAGAAUGCAAAUACAUUUCCAAAGAUGUUUUAUACAGAUUGCUUGAUUAACCCAGUGGAUGAACCACCCAUAUCUAGUUCUCUGCCUGUCAACAAUUGUGCUGUUGUCUGCUGGUUACCAAAAGCACCAGCAAGAAUAGCAGUAAUGCACCAAGAUCGCAUGUCAGUUCAAAGGAACAUCACAGUGUUUGAUCUAGCUGUCAAAAAGUCUAAAUAUAAAACGGAAGUUCUAGCUCAACAGAUUGCAAGUUUCACACUGCCACAAAGCACUUGGCCCACAGCAAUUCUCAUGGAAGGGCAUGGAACAGAAACAAUUCUUCUAGGAUGUGGAUCAAACUUAAAACUAUAUUCAAUUUUUGGGACUCAAUUAGAAGCUUUCCAGCAUCACAACAAUACAAUCACUUCAAUAUGGGUGGAUUCUUUUCAUGUUGUCACAUCAUCUUUGGAUCUCUCACUCCGUGUGUACACAUGGAAAAAAGUAAACAAAAUCUCUUCACUGACAAGUCGCUAUUACUUACUAGGGGGAACCCACAGAUGGUCAAGUACAUUGAAAGGUGAACUGACAUUGGCAAUCAAUGUGAGGCAGAUUUUCUUUGAAGACAGCAGCAGUGACCACCCCCACAUAAAAUAUCAAACUUAAAUGACCUUUUUAGGAAUAAAUUACCCUGCUGUUCAAACAGCUGUGGAAGAUACAUCACCUUCAGCCAUUCAAGCCUUUUUAUAUGUAAAAAAAUUUCUAGUAAACUGAGCAUGUGGUUCUCGUAUUUUGCAUAGUAUUCUUUUGUAUAAAGUCAAUUUCUGCUGUAAGCCAUCUGUCAAAAAAGUCACACCUUUAUUUUUCAGUAAGUUGUAUCUAUGUUUUGAGAAGCUGCAGUGUAAUGGAGUUUAAACUCCAGGCAGAGCUUAUGCAACAUACUGCCAAGGCACUAUUCAGGCUCUCCUCCUGCCACACUCUGAAAGUUUAGGGUACCUAAGUGCUUUGGGCUGCUAGAUUAAAAUAAUAUUGUUUUAAUGUGUUUAAACUUUAAAUUGUAAAACUAGCUCCCUGUUAAAAGGUUUUCAAUUUAACUUGUUCUGUUCACAAUUUUUCUGCAACAGGGGCUUUACAGAUGUGGCAUGUGACAACAUCAGCAUUGUAGGUGUGGUAGCUGAAAGUGACGAAACAAGUAUUUUAAGAGCAUAUUCCUUUAACUUGUAAAUGGUGAAACAUUUAAUAAUCCUUCAUUUUAGCUGCAGUUGUGGGUGUUGCUUAGCUAGAGGUGUUCCCUUUGAGCAAUAUACAGUGGUAAGCUUUGUGAACACCCCCAUUUGAAUAGAAGAGAUGCUGAUGAGCACCAUGAAGCUAGGUCGCCUUAAUCAGAAACCAUCAGUUGUGGGGUCAAGUAAAAGCCUGUGUGGUAGCCAUAAAAAUAAUGCUACCACCACAUAGCAUAUAUACUGAAGUUUAACCACAAUGUUUAGAGAUCAUCCUUAAGCUGUACUUCAUCUAGUACAAUUGUGGAAUAAAAAUAGUCCUUUAAAAUACACUAAUUUCAGUGAUGCCACGGCUAUUUAUAUUAUAGCCUUUAGAAUGCAGUAUCUCAAUAAGUAAACUUCACUUUCCAUCAUGAAAAUUUAGGCACGCUUACCCUAAAUAAAGAGUCAUACAACAGUUUAAAAUUUAUUGGCUCUGCAACAAAGUACAAUUAGGCUCAUGGAAAUACUCAAUAUGUGCUUUAAUGCAAAAAAAAAAAAAACAGGAAGGAAACAAUUCUUGAACCUGGUUCUGUCAAUAUAGUGUGGUUCAGUGCAACAUCUCCUGGCAUGGUGUUUUAUCCAGCAGAUGUAUGAUACUCUGUCAAGAACUGAAGUACAUACUGACUACCCCUAAGUAACAUAGCAGGGGACAUCUUUUCCACACCUGCAAGAUUUAGACCAACAUGAAGUCUUGAAAAAAAGUACAUAAUACUCUGCUAUACAUUUAUAUUGCAAUGGUGUAGUCACAGAACAGUUUCUUCUUUCACACAGCUACAGGAAAGGACCCUUAUACUUCCUUCCAUUGCUUGUGAUUCAUUCAACAUUAUUUGUUUUUAAGCUGGCUGCAAGUCUUCCCUUAAGAAUAUCCAUGAUUAAACAUCUAAAAUGUUUAAGGGUUUUAAAGCUUGAUUUUAUUCAUCUUAUAGAAAAUCUGAGUUGUCAUUACGAACCUGAGACUUUCAUCAGCAUUGAGUACUUUAAGAGGUACAUCCCUCACUUCUAAUAUUAGAAGUCACCUGAACUAACAAUAUACCUUAACUCUCUCAUUCAGUGCUGGAAAAUCUUAGCCUAAUCUUGAAAGGCAGGUGAGAGAGACUCUUACCAUAUUACAUCACUCACUUUUACUAAAAGAGCAAAUAGUGUGUUCUGUUUGUCCUCCAAAGCAACACUAUACGGCUACAACCUUGAGGUUAGUACUCUACAUGGGUUGUCAGAAUGAGUCUGUUGCUGCCACACUUACUUUCAUUAAAACUUAAUAUGAUCAAAUGUUUGGCUUACACCAGUUUUUUCUUCACAUAUCAAAGCUGCAGAAGUUUAGACUGAGCCAAAAUGGUCCUGUUGUAAUAAUAAAGCCCUAAGAAAGGCAGCAGGUUGUAUAGUUAACUCCUUGUGAGCAAAAUCCCUGCCCUAAAACUAUGCAACCUACUACCUCUUCCUAGGAGCCCACUUUCUUCUGCAGUUCUUCUAUUUAGCAGCUGCACUGUGAAAUCAGCUGUUAACUUUUAUUGCAGUUUCUUUUGACUUUGUUUUCAGACAUACAUAUACUGUGACAUUUUACAUUCAUUUAUAUUUCCAGAUAACCUCAGCUUUAUUUCACUAUAUUUGGUAAUAAGUCAGGAAUGGUGGAUCAGUUACAGAAGUUGUCUCUAGACUAAAAACCUUGAUGACUGAUAUACUGCUUCAGAUUCACCUUAAUUAAGCCCACUACCACUUGUUCAGUCAGAACAGCCCCUAAAAUUAAUCACUUAUCAGGUAGCUCCUUCUCCCACACAAUAAACGAGUCAGGGUUUAACCAUUUUAGGCAGUGAAAGAACAAGUUUGAGCCUAUGCCAUUUAAAAAAUAAAUGUAACCAGCUCAGAUUUAUUGGGUAAAGAAAACCUUCUGGGGCUCAUAACCCACCAGGAUGGUUAAAACAGGCAUCAGGGGAUCAUAGCCAUCCUACACUCUGAUGGGGAUUACUCUCCCAUUUAGUAAGGUGCAAAGAAAAAGUGGAGAACCACUAAUUGAAUCUCACUCCCUAGCCUUGGGGUGGGGGAGAAGAAGUGGAGAGAGACAGUGAAGUGUUUACACAAGAUAGUACUGCUGAAGUCAUUUUCUCACAUCAGUUUACUGGCUACUUGGGCUACAUGCUGUCAGGGCACCCAUGAAUUUCAAAACUUGUGUGUGACUGUCUGACCACUUUAAGUCAAGAUUAGUAAUGCAACAGAAAACAUUUGAAAGACCAUUUGUAUAUAAACACAUCACUCA